AUGGUUCCACUGGUAAGACCUGUGACGAUGGAAGACUUCAUGCGUCAUAAACCAGCAAAGUUUACUGGGAAAGCCACCCUAGAUGAGGCAGAUGCAUGGCUCCGAGAAUGCGAGAAGAUAUUCAGGGUAAUAGAGUGCACUGAGGCACAAAAGCUCACCUUCGCCACCUUCUUGUUGGUGACCGAGGCUGAAUAUUGGUGGAUGGGGAUGCAACAGCAGAUGCAGAACCGAGAUGAGGAGGUGACAUGGACCAGCUUUAGGACGAGAUUCCUGGAGAAAUACUUCCCUGAUAGCGCUAAACAUGAGCGCGAAGUCGAGUUCCUCACCCUGCAGCAAGGCAACUUAUCCGUGCAGGCCUAUGUAGAGAGGUUUGGGUAUCCCUCGAGGUUCUACUCCCAGACAGUGACUGAAGAAUGGCACUGCAGGAAGUUUGAAGGCGGCCUCAAACAUGAACUGAGGCGCUUUAUUGUGUCGUUGAUAGUCAGGGAAUUUCCCAUUUUGGUCGAGCAGGCCAAAAGCGUGGAACAACUAGAGAUAGGAGAGCAUUUGAGGAGGGAUUGCACUAGACCAGCUGGCAGCGGAGGCAGCAGUAUAUGCACUCGCAAGUGCUAUGCAUGUGACCAGCCAAGGCAUUUUGCCAACAAAUGUCCUAAUAAGAAGACCACUCCAGGAUCGCGAUCUCAGCCACCUUCAUCUGAUAGGCCGAGAGUAGCAGGUCGGGUCUUCGCCAUGACUAGUACUGAGGCCACCUGGUCAGGAGCUUCGCACUCCUUCAUAUCCCAUGAUUGUGUGGAGAAAUUGGGAUUGUCUACUCGUGACCUGGGAUGCGAGUUGAUAGUCUCGACACCAGCAUCUGGACAGGUUUCAACAAACCUAGCCUGUGUUGGAUGCUUGAUGGAAGUAGAGGGCAUAUGCUUCAAGGUGAACCUCGUUUGCUUGCCCUUGGAGGGACUAGAGGUCAUACUGGGAAUGGACUGGAGAGGCAGUGAAAGAGAUGAGGGGGGGUCCACUUGUUUUAUGAUAGUGGCCCAGGAGAAGAUGAGUACAAAAGAGCAGAUCAGUAAGAUACCAGUGGUGGAUGAGUAUGUCGAUGUUUUCCCAGAUGAGAUACCCGAGUUGCCACCCAGUAGGGAUAUAGAUUUCUCAAUUGAUCUAAUCCCUAGAGCGGGCCCAGUGUCGGCAGUACCGUACAGAAUGGCACUGACAGAGCUAGCAAAGUUGAAGAAAAAGAUAUAA